AUGAACGAUAUUUUUGGCAUUGCUUCCUACAAAGAAACAGAACAUGUAAAAUGUCGUGAUGAUACACAGCAUGAACUUCUUUAUCUUGCACAUCUGGAGUUCUCUAUUAAACAAACAUUUCAUAUUUCUCCUUUGCAAUUAUUUUUAAAAGAAAUCUCAAACGGCGUGAUUCCUGUGAGAUUACUCUUCGAGUCAUGUUCAAUUGAAGCAAUGUCGAAUGAAGAUUUCUUUGGUUGCGAUAAAAAUAAAAUCAAAUGGUUGUCAGUUUCUCGCUUCAGACAAUAA